UGACUCACAGUGUUAUGAUGCAGUUCCACAACACACAGCCACAUUUACCCACAGACCGAGGUACAGAACAAGAGGCAACCUCUGGCCCCCAGCAGCUGUCCAGCCUGCAGUCCCAGUCCUCAAACCCCCAGCUACCCUCCCUCAACCCCAUCCCCUUCCCAAUUGAAGGAGCGGAAAGAGAAGAGAGAAGAGUGAGCAGAGAGAUUGAGAGAGAUAGACGGAGAUCUCUGGAGCAGACCUCAAGGUGAUUUCCAUUUCUAUCUGGUUCUCGUCUGGGGGGGCCCUGGCCGGGCAGCCCCCCCACACUCCCACUGUCCUGAAACACGGCUCUAGCCAAUCUGCUCCGCUGCUUUACCUGCGACCGUCUCUGCGGGGGCUGCACAGCACCAGCCCCUCCAGCCCGCCAGGGCAUCGUCCUCCAGCCCGUCAUGCCCAGCUGUGACCCAGGCCCGGCCCCUGCCUGUCUCCCCACCAAGACUUUCCGCAGCUACCUGCCCCGCUGCCACCGCACGUACAGCUGUGUCCAUUGUCGAGCACACUUGGCCAAACACGAUGAGCUUAUUUCCAAGUCCUUCCAAGGGAGCCAUGGCCGGGCCUACCUGUUUAACUCCGUGGUCAACGUGGGUUGUGGGCCAGCUGAACAGCGCCUCCUGCUCACAGGACUCCACUCGGUAGCUGACAUUUUCUGCGAAAGCUGCAAGACCACACUGGGCUGGAAAUACGAACAAGCUUUUGAGACCAGCCAGAAAUACAAAGAAGGGAAGUACAUCAUUGAGAUGUCACACAUGGUCAAAGACAACGGCUGGGACUGAGGGAUCGGCAGGCUGCGACCCUCCUCCGCAUGCCCCAUCUUCCUCACACCAGUCCCCUGGCCCCGUGAGCAGUCCACACCAGCAUGAGGACUGCCCACCCCUGGGGGAAACCCGGCUCCAAAUGACCACCGCCUCCCUUCCCCCACCACAGCAGUACCAGGUCCCUUUGGAAACAGGAGCCUGCGAUACCCCAGGGGUGGCGAAGGCUCAGGAAGUGGGUAGCAGUCAGGGAAAUAUGAAACUGGGGAGAGGAGAUGAAUGUGGCCCUGGAAAGUGACGACGGCAGGGUGUGAACUCAGGUAGUUACCAAACUUUGAGUGAACUGGACAAACACUGGCAUGGGGGCGAGACCACAGAGUAGCAAAGACUUUGGUUGGUCUCAGGUAUCAGGGCCCCAGAGUCUGAGGGUAGUUUACCCAACCCCAUUCUUGGUUUUUAAAAAAAAAGGACUAGGAAUGGGGCCAUUAGAAGUAAAAACACAAACCCUAGACCCUGGGAAAUCAGUUACAGGGGUUCCCAUUUCACUCCACUGUUUACCUUGGCACUAAAGAGGCACCUUUAAGUAUCUAAUCUUUGCCAUUGGGUGGGGUGGGGAAAGCUGUUCCAAGAACAGCCCCCACUCCCAGCUGGCUGUUGCCAGAGAGCAGUCUUUACGGGCAUUCCCCAAGGCUCAGCCACUGCUCCCUGGGACCAAGUCCCUUGGAGGUGGUGGAUCAUCGGCGCUGCGGGACCAGUCUUUCCAGUGACUGCCACCAGCGAAUGAAACUUUUGUAUGAUACAUAAAGUGUUUGGGUCUAUUUUUAAUAAAAAGGGGAAAAGCAA